CUCUACUUCCUUCUUGGCGGUUUGCGCAAUAGUUUACACCUGAUUAAUAACACCAGAGAAACAUUACUAUCCAUCGAAUUGCACAUAAAAUCAAGAAUGCAUUGAAACAGGAUAAGUCUUAUUCAGAAGUUUCUGUCCAGUCCAAUACGACACAACUUCCGGACCGUUUAUCACCGCCCUUUCUCAGACCCAGAAUACACAAUCUAACCUUAACGUUACUAGUUUAUGAUAUUUCCACGGUAAAGACGUCCGAGAGACCGUUGAUUCUUUAUUACUUGCAAAGUGCCACCAGAAUAGCAGACCUUCUCAGCUCGUAGACAAUGUUGAAGGCUGUAACCAGGUGCCUUUGGUCAAAUCCUGUUGCUGGCAGAAGAAUGAUGUCCCAUCACGUACCACAGAAUUUGUCAGGAAAAGUUGCUAUAGUAACUGCAUCCACAGAUGGGAUUGGGCUCGCAGCUGCGGAGGCUUUGGGUCGGAGGGGGGCACAUGUGGUCGUGAGCAGUCGACGCCAGGCCAACGUUGACAAGGCUGUGUCACUCUUGCGCAGCAAAGAUAUAAAAGUAAUAGGCACCACAUGCAAUGUGGGGAAAGCAGAAGAUAGAGACAAGCUCAUUAACAUGGUGAGGAACAUUGAACAGUGUGGCGGUGUGGACAUACUGGUGUCAAAUGCAGCGUGUGAACCCGUUUGUUUUGGAAACAUAUUAGAAUCCACAGAGGAAGUCUGGGACAAAAUACUUGGAGUGAAUGUGAAGGCUUCUUUCCUUCUAACCAAACUGGUUGUGCCUCACAUGGAGAAAAGAGGGGGUGGGUCAGUUGUGAUUGUGUCUUCAGUCGCAGGGUACCAGCCAAUGCAAGGUCUGGGCCCCUAUAGUGUGAGUAAGACGGCCCUGCUGGGUUUAACUCGAGCGCUGGCUCCUGAUCUCGCCCACAGUAACAUCCGGAUCAACUGUGUCGCCCCUGGCAUCAUCAAGACACGUUUUAGUGCUGCUCUAUGGGAAAAUGAGGGUGUGCUUGAAGAGUUCUUGAAACAGACAAGCAUAAAAAGACUCGGACAGCCAGAGGACAUAGGUGUUGUGAUUGCCUUCCUGUGCUCAGAUGAAGCCUCAUACAUCACCGGAGAGACCAUCACUGUAACCGGAGGCAUGAACUGCAGACUGUAAGAGGAGCGGCAUGGAGGCACUAACAGUAAUCAUUUACUGGUACAUCAGAUAGAAACCUUCUGAUUCAGUGACCCAACACAGCUGUAACAGCUGGUGUAGAAAUUCAUAACACAUUUACAAAUGUUUAAAUGUAAUAAAAUGAUUUCUUGCA